AUGAAUUUUAAAUUGGCAAUAGUGUUGAUGGCGUACUGCCUAUUUUGUAUUUUUAAUGGAGUUGAAAAUUCGUUUAUAAAAGCAAAAAAUAACGUGCCUAGAGUUGGCAGAAGUAAUGAAGAAAUUAAUCCAUUCGAUCAGGGAACUAUGGGAUACGUAAUCAAAACUAAUAAAAAUAUACCACGAAUGGGCAGAAGGAAUUAUGAUUCGGAAAACCGGUACGAUAUUCCCAAGUUUUAUCAAUUACCUACAGAAGGUUACAAAAUGUAUGAAGUGGAAGAACAGGAAUUUAAUGACAUACCAAUGGAAACAUACUCACCCAAACAAUUCGCCAACAUGAAACGAUAA